AGAGAGAGAGAGAGAAAUGUGGGAGGUGGGAGAAGGGAAAUGAAGAGGGAGGGGGGAAAGUUAGCCUCCUUCCUGCCAGCCUGCUGCUUUCUCCCCAGAACUCCUCCUUCUGCCUUGAAACUGGAUUUGCACCCCUUUUUUUCCAAUUGAUGUGCAAAGGCUGCCAUGGAAAGGUUGCAAGGAGCAGAACUCCCUGAUGUGAUAAUAAAGGUAGAAGAGGACGAUGAAGAGGAGGUGGAAUGCCAGAAAUGGAAAUCCCAACAAGAAGGGAAGUCACUAAAUUCAUCUCUCCAGCAACAAGAAACUGCAGAUUUUCCUUCUGUAAUCAUAAAGAAGGAAGAAGAAGAAGAUCUUUGGGUCAUGUAUCACCAUGGCUCCGAGGGAAAUGAGAGCUUCCCAGCGGCUCCCUCAGAAAACGACCACCCAAGAGGCUGCACGAGAGACAAAGAAAACAAAUGCUCAGACUGUGGGAAGACCUUCACUCAAAGGUCCAGCCUUAUCAGGCAUGAGAAGACGCAUACAGGAGAGAAGCCGUAUCAGUGCUCUGAGUGCGGAAGGAGUUUCAGCCAGAGGUCCAUCCUGACCCGACAUGAGAGGACCCACACUGGAGAGAAGCCAUACAAAUGCUCAGAGUGUGGGAAAAGCUUCCGCCACAAGUCGGCCCUUCUCAGGCACGAGAAGAUGGAAGCGGGAGAGAGGCCUUACGAAUGCUCGCACUGCGGGAAGGCCUUCAUUCAGAGGUCUAAUUUCCUCAUCCACGAAAGAAUCCAUACUGGGGAGAAACCGUAUCUGUGCUCCGACUGCGGGAAAAGCUUUGUUCAGCGGUGGCACCUCCUCAUCCAUGAGAUGACCCACAAGCAGGAGGAGACGCACCAAUGCUCCAAGUGUGGGAAGAAGUUCAGUCAUAGCGUGAGCCUUCUCAUCCAUGAAAGGAGCCACACGGGGGAGAAAGUGUAUCAGUGCUCCGGAUGCGAGAAAGGCUUUGUUCAGAGGUCUAGCCUCGUCCGACACGAGAAAACACACACGGGAGAGAAACCUUAUCAAUGCUUCAAGUGUGGGAGAAGAUUCAGUCAGAGAUCUAUCCUUACCAGACACGAGAGAACCCAUACAGGGGAGAAACCCUACAAGUGUUCAGAGUGUGGGAAAAGCUUCCGCCACAAGUCGGCCCUGUUAAGGCAUGAAAAGAUGGAAAUGGGGGAAAGGCCGUAUAAAUGCUUAUACUGUGGAAAGGGCUUCAUCCAGAAGUCCAACUUUCUCAUACACGAGCGAAUUCACACUGAAGAGAAACCCUAUCAGUGCCUAGAGUGUGGAAAGCGCUUCGUUCAGAGGUCACAGCUUCUCGUUCACAAGAUGACGCAUAAACAAGACGAGCCCUAUCAGUGCGCAAAGUGUGGGAAAAAGUUCAACCACAGCUUAAGCCUGAUUAUCCAUCAAAGGAGCCACGCAGGGCGGAAAACUUACCGGUGCCCUAGCUGUUGGAAAAUGUUCGCCGAUAAAUUGAACCUUAUCAGACAUGAGCGGGAUCAUAGGGGAGAAAAGCCGUAUGCAUGUUCAGACUGUGGGAAACACUUCAAUGAUCGGUCCGCUCUCAUCAGGCACAAGAAAACGAACGCGAGAGGAAAGCCAUAUGGUUCUCGGGAUGCGGGAAAAGCAUCAUUCGGAAAUUCAAGGUCUUGGCUCAUGAGAGACUUUGUAAUGAAGAGACGCUGUAUAAUUGUUCCAUCUGCAAUAGAAGAUACUAUCUGAAGUACAACCUUCUCAUGCACAAAAGAGCCCACAUGAGGAAGAAGCUGGAUAAAUGCUCAGAGUAUAGCAAAACCUUCAGCCGGAAAUCCAACUGUAUUGUGCACAUGGGAGAAAAAUCCCAUCAAUGCUCUAACUGUGGGAGUCCUUUCAAUGAUCGGCGAAACCUCAUGAAGCACCAGAAAAUCCAUGCAAAUGAAAGGUCUUAUGCAUGUCAUGAGUGUGGAAAAAAGUUUAUUAACAAAUCAUCCCUGGUUGCGCACAGGAGAUCCCACAUCGGGAAAAGCCGUAUAAAUGCUUGGACUGUGAACAGGGCUUGAUCAUGCAUCAGAGAACCCACAUGGGAGAGAAACCAUACUCCUGCAUGGAAUUGGAGGAAGGCAUCCAAAAAUCAAAUCUUCUCAGACAUGAUAGAACCCAUAAGACAGAGAAAGCAUACUCUGUCUUGAAUUCUGAGGAUAGUUCCAGGGAUACCUUGACUUUGAUAAGGAACAUGGGGACCCACCCAGAAGAAAAAUCACAUCAGUGCACCGUCUGUGGGAAAAGCUUCAAUGAAAGAAGAAACCUUGUUAUACACAAGAGAACCCACACAGGGGAGAGACUGUAUAAAUGUCCCCACUGUGGGGAAAUAUUUACCAACAACACGACCCUCGUGGUGCACAAGAGGACUCACACGGGAGAGAAACCAUAUUCGUGUUCAGAGUGUAGGAAGAGUUUUCCGUUCAAACAGAGCCUGAUUAAACAUGAACGGACCCACUCUGGGAACAGACCCUAUAAACAUGCAAAAGGUGGGGAAAGAUACAACCAGAGUGGCAAUUUGCUUGCACAUGAAAGGACUCACAAUGGAGAGAAGCUGUUCAAAUGCUCAGACUGUGGGAAGAAUUUUAGAGACAGAUCAAACCUUAUUAGACACCAGAAAAGUCAUACAGGAGAGCAAUUCUAAAAAAAAGUGUAUACUUUGGUGGAGUGGAGAAGAGCCCUGGGUGUGGUUAAUUCCAGGCAUCAUGAAAUAUGACCAGAAGACAUAUAUGUGACUUCUCUGUUGUAUAAUAAAACAUUUCCUGAAUUUAAAGCUGCCAGUGGAGUAAAGUCUGCAUAUUUGAAUAUUUGAAUAUGUAGUGGGAGGAAACAAUGCACUGAAUUUAGAAAAUCAGUAUGUCAAGAAGAUCCCCAAUAUGCUAACUUUCUAUCUGUCAGAUAUUUCAGAUGCCAGGGACCCCCAUUCUACUCCACUACAGCCUUUAGUCCAGAAAAACAGUUAGUGUUCCUUUCAAAUGGCACUUUGAUGAAGCAUGGGGGAGAAAUAGUAUAAGUGUGCAAAGUGUAGGAAAAAAUUCAAGCAUGGCAAAUGUCUUGUUUUUUUAAUUUUUAAUCCAGAUGGUUAUCUUAACACCUGUGUUUCCAUUACCUUUAUGUUUUGCUUCUCCUCUGCAGCUGAACUGCAUUUUUCCCACAAAGGAAAUAUUAACAAGACUAGAAAUGUUCAGGAUGAAAUUAGGAUGGGUUUUAUAGAUAACUCACCAUUGCUAAUAUGUUAUUUGCCUCUGUAAAGAAGUGAGGGAAAAUAUAAUUACGUUGGGAAAGUGGUUGAAAAGCGGUUAUAUCUAUCUUUAUUGUUGCAAGUCUGCAAGAGAUUUCUGCUCUCUCUUCCAGCCAAUUUACUUUGAAGUGCUUGUAAAGUUUGCCCUUCCCUGCCAUACAGGUGGAUAUGUGUCCGAAGUGUGAAAACAAGCAGUUGUAGUAGGUAUAUGGCAAAAAGUAAGGAAAGCCACUUUGAGUCUCCUGCAGGAGAGAUAAUGUGAGGUAUAAAUAAAUAAAUAUAAUAAUGAUGAUAAAUAAAGUACAUCUCAGACCCCACUUUUUAAAGCCCUCUCCCCAUUACACAAAGAUUGCAAAGCCCAACAAUAUUUUUCUUGGUGUCUUUGUGCAUGUUCUUGGGAUUUUUUUGGGUACCGAUUCUGAAAGUUGCAUUGGAUAGACACAUCAUAGCAUUGGAUAACACAUCAGUUAUCAUGACUUUCUAUGAAUAGUAGGACAUGGCAUAUGUUCUGUUGAAAACAAGUGAGAUUUUUUGGAUCAGCAGGUCAAAUAUACCCAGACACAGACCACUUUAUCACAUAACUUAAAUUCCACUGAGUUCUACACUUAAAAUCUGGUAUUCCACUGGGUUCACCACAUUUCAGAUAGCAUUUGAGGCACUAAAAUGUGUGUUGGCCAGUGUUAUCAUCCCAAACCCAAACAAAAUAUUCACAUGAUUCUCCAAGGAACUGCAUCUGCCUGUCUCCAAAUGGGUAAGAAAUAUGUGGUAGCACCAACAGGUUCCUAGAACUUCCUCCCUUACCUUGUUUUCGUGCCAUAACCCAAACGAAAUGGCGACAUGAAGUAAUGGGAUGUUUUGACUGGGAUAUGGCCAGGGGAAAAAGUGUUUUUGGGCAGUGUCCAUUGAGAUUGAGCCUGCCAGGGGUUCAGGAAAUAAUGGGCGUGCAAGCCCUUCACAAUUCCCCACCCUUUCUGGCAAUAUCAAUUUUGGACGGGAAGAAGGACGGGAUAUAAAUGUCGUAAAUAAAUAAAUAAAAUAACUUCAACCAUAUUUAGUGAUUUGGCAGAAGUGCUAGGGUAAAGGCAGUUAGUAAACUGCCUUUAUUGAUGUGCACCAGCACUUUCUAACUGGUGGUAUCCUGAUGUGCAACAAUCAAUAUCCUUGUUCCCCUUUGUAAUGACAUAAGAUAAAUCCCUUGCUGCUUUUCAACACUCAUUUUUGGAUGGUCUGCUGUUUUGACAGAUCUAAAUUACAGCCAAGUUCCACACUUUUGAACUAUUAUUUGUGCUUUCAACUGCUAUGACUUUUUUGGCACGUUGGUUCCAUCUAGUGUCUAGUCUUGGAUUAGUUCUUUUUGUAGGAAAAAUGCCUUAUGGUUCAGAGCUAGAAUUCAUUUUCUUUGUUUUGUUAAUGUUGAUGGCUUCUUCCGUUUACAUUGGUGAAGGUUUUUUUGCUUGUUCCGCAUAACUUGGCAAAUAUGUAGUCCUUUCAGCUCAUGUUUCCACUAACAUUUCUUGAACAUUGUAGCUCCAUAUGUAACGAAACCAGAUACAGAUACUUAAAUUCAAAGCAUGAUCAUUUUCUGAAUAAAUUGUUAUUUUUAAUAUAUCAAACAUGAUAUUUUCAUGACAAACCAAGCCAAGGUAUACAUAAUGCUGUCUAUAUUCCAAAAGUGUCUCAAUUUGUAAAGGGUGAUCAUGUUACAUUUAUCAGUUUCUCUCCAAAUGUUUGUUUGUAAUGAGGAAAGGUUCAUCCCAUCCCAGUUUCAGCAUUUCUGGAAACUGCACAUCUCUACUUUUGACACAAUAGAUAGUUGACUCCAUCCACUAACCCAUCACUUUUUAGUAGACCAUGGGAGGGGAAAGUGAAUUGCGUACUCAGUUUCAACAAGCAAAGGAUUCAGCUCUGAAAAAGAGCAAUUGGUUUGACUCCACUAUCCAUACACUCUGUCCCUGUUUGGCAGAGACUGUCCAAAUUAAUCCUACCUUUUCAACUGCUUUCAAGAUAACCAAAACUUCUCCUUCCCUAGUAGGCUCAGGCAAAGCAAACUGCUUUUCCCCCUUCUUUUUUUCAUUUCUUCUUUCACUUCCCCCUUUCUCCCCUUUUUUCUUUCUUUUUCUCUCUCAUUUCGGCUUCUUCUUUUUCUUCCCAUCUCUUUUGCAAAUUUCACCGCUCUCACUCUCAUUCUUUAUCAUUUUUAUCUUAUGUAUUACAAUUUUCAAUAAAAAAUUUUUUUAAAGGAUCAAUGCCUGGGGAAAUCACUGGAAAAUAAAACUACAAUUCCCAGACUCCUUUACCCACCAUGGGGUCCAGCUAUACCAGGCAUGGGCAAACUUCAGCCCUCUAGGUGUUUUGGACUUCAACUCCCACAAUUCCUAACAGCUGGUAGGAAUACUGUGGAAUAAAUGCAGUUUGACACCUCUUUAUCUGCUAUGGCUCAAUGCUAUGGAAUCCUAGGAUUUUGCAUGGUCUGUAGCCUUCUCCACCAAAGAAUGCCUCACCAAACUACAACUAGAAAGGAAUGCCAUACUCACUUUCUUUUCCACACUACUCGAUUAUAGCACUCAAGUUAUGUUAGAGCAUGCAAAAAUCAGUUGGUGAGUGUGUUAACUGAAAAUACAAAGCACGAACCAGAUUGGUUGGGUUACACCCAGGGAGCUAACUGAACCUGGGAGUUUUGGCAACUGUUACUUAAACAGUUACAUACCUCACAACCUCUGAGGAUGCCUGCCAUAGAUGUGGGUGAAACAUCAGGAGAGAAUACUUCUGGAACAUGGCCAUACUGCCCAGAAAACACACAACAAUCCUGUGAUUCCGGCCAUGAAAGCCUUCGAAAACACAUUGUUAGGCGCUUACCAAGAGAGGUUUGCUUCUGGACAGCUGGAAAAAGACCUUUUACUUGGAUGCCUAAGGACUAUUUGAACCUUUCUCAAAGAGUCAAUGCAACUGUCCAUAUGACUGUAUAUAUGUUGCUCUGCAUUUUGAAGAGUAAACUUCUCAUUCUUUACUGAU